UUUCCAUCUUUGACACACCUGAGUUUCUGGUUUACAGGAAAUGAAACGACGGCGUUCCCAGUGAAGACGAGAAGUGGCGCAGAAAGAAAAUACGAUGGCGUCUGUCAAAUUCUCCUGUUCUAUCUGUCUGGAUAUUCUGAAGGAACCAGUGACUGUUCCCUGUGGACACAGCUACUGCAUGAGCUGCAUCAAGACCUACUGGGACGGAGAAGAUCAGAGGGGAAACCACAGCUGUCCUCAGUGCAGAGAGACCUUCACUCCCAGGCCGGUUCUGGUGAAGAACAUCAUGUUAGCAGAGUUAGUGGAGGAGCUGAAGAAGACUGAACUCAGAUCUGAUCUCUGCUACGCUGGACCUGAAGACGUGUCCUGUGACGUCUGCUCUGGAAUGAAGAUGAAAGCCGUCAAGUCCUGUCUGGACUGUCUGGCUUCUUACUGUGAGGAACAUCUCCAACCUCACUCUGUUGCUCUAGCUUUACAGAAACACAAGCUGGUCGACCCCUCCAGGAAUCUACAGCAGAACAUCUGCUCUCUGCAUGAUGAGGUGAUGAAGAUCUACUGUCGUACUGAUCAGCAGAACAUCUGUUAUCUCUGUCUGAUGGACGAACACAAAGGUCAUGAGACGGUUUCAGCAGCUACAGAAAGAAUGGAGAAGCAGAAGAAGCUCCAGGAGACUCGACAACAAAUCCAGCAGAAGAUCCAGGACUGUGCAAAAGCUGUGAAGGAGCUCCAGCAGGAGGUGGAGGACAUCAACACUUCUGCUGACAAAGCAGUGGAGGACAGUGAGGAGAUCUUCUCUGAGAUGAUCCGUCUCCUCCAGAACAGAAGCUCUGAGGUGAAGCAGCAGAUCAGAUCCCAGCAGGAGGACGAAGUGAAUCGAGUCCUGGAUCUUCAGGAGAAGCUGGAGCAGGAGAUCAGAGAUCUGAAGAGCAAAGACAGAGAGAUGGAGCAGCUCUCUCACACAGAGGAGCACAGCCAGUUCCUGCACAGAUACCCCUCACUGUCUGCACUCAGUGAGUCCACACACUCAUCCAGCUUCCACUUUAGUCCUCUGAGGUACUUUGAGGAGGUGACAGCAGCUGUGGCAGACACCAGAGACAAACUACAGGAGCUCCUGAGGGACAAACGAGCAGACAUCUUACCGACUCUGAUCCAAUACCAGGACUCGUAAAAUUCUUCUGAACUAAACACGGCACAUGAGCUGCUGGAAAUUUCUGAGGGGAUUCAGAAAGUAAUAAUAAUGAGAGAAAGUCAUUUCUAUACGUUUCAUCUGGACCGAUUCACUAGAAGGUGGCAGGUUCUGAGCAAACAGGGUCUCUUUAAGAGCAUCAGCAGAGAAGGUGAUUAUAACGACACUUCAUUUGGAUUAAACAAGAAGUCGUGGGCUCUAUGCUGUUCAGAGGACAGUUAUACAUUCUAUCACAAGUAAAGACACGUCUGUCUCAGGACCUUAUUCCUCCAGGGUGGGGGUGUACCUGGACCAUGGAGCGGGUGUUCUGGCCUUCUACGCCGUCUCUGAAACCAUGACUCUGCUCCACAGAGUGCAGACCAAGUUCACCAAACCGCUCCAUGUUGGGCUUUGGCUUCUGCGCUCAAACAGAACCACCGCGGAGAUUGUGAAACUCACCCGAUGAUGAGUUGUGAUGGCAUUUCAGAGCUUUGAAUUUCCUUCAUCACAUCAAAAUAUACCAAGAACUUGUGUCAAGUGUCAAUUAUCAGAAAAUGUAUGGACUCUGUGCGAGCAACCGUCCGAAGGGCCUAAACCUGCUUACACUAUUUCACUUGCGAAAAAAGUAAAUUUUAAAUCAAUUGUCAAUUUGGUAUUUUAAUCAAAAUUUUAAAUGUAUUUUCACAAGAGAGGGACUAUUUGAUACAUGGUGUGACAUGCUGUCAUGGUAACGGCUAAAGCCCCCUCUGUCACAGCUGGUUUAUGACGACCGCUGACUGUAUCUAAGAACUGGACUGACUGGGUGUGACAUCGCCCAUAGAAAACAGUUCAUUUCCAUCUCUGACAAUUUAGUCAGUUUUUUGCAAUACAUUGCCGCCUUGUUGGAGCCAGAUGAGGUCAGUAAGCAGUGAGUCAAUGGUCUGCGUCAACGUCUCUAUGAUAACUACUCUCACCAAUCAGGAGAGAGCUUGUUGGAACCUCAUUGAGGUUUGGUUUUAAAUGUUGUGCAUUUAAAACUUACUUAUAUUGAGGCAUGUGAUUGUUCAGUUUAUAACGUGAACCACAGCAAAAAUAUCAUGAUAAAAGUGAUAUAUUAUCAAGAACAUGUUAAAAAAGGUAAAAGAUCAAGAAUGGCUGUUCUGACAAAUAGAAGGACUGAGUAGCAGUUGUUUCUUCCACUUGCUGUUUAGAAUGCCAGAGUGGAAGGGUCCCUCUGUCCAGUUCUCAUACCCAGUCAAUGAAAAGGACUAGCCAGCAGGAAAAAUGUAUAUAUGGUGAAAGUGGUAUAUAUGGUAAAAGUGGUAUAAAUGGUAAAAGUGG